CUUCAUCCAAGUAUUGAUAUUAAUUGCUAGGUCAAUGUUUUGAUUUUAAUGUAUUUGAAUCAUCGGAAAAGUAGACUCUGACAAUCAAUUAACUGUCAGGAUAUACGUGAAUUCUGAUUGUAUCUUAAAAAUAAACCUGAAAUGCGAGGGACGUAUUUUAAAAUUAAAAGUACUAAUAUUUUUUAUCUAAAAUAGGGAAUUUAUCUUCAACAUAUUAGGACUGAAAGUGGAGCCAAUGUAACAUUGCGUGGAAAAGGGUCAGGAUAUAUCGAACCGACGUCAGGAAGGGAGGCGUUCGAACCUCUUCACAUUCAUUUAACGCAUCCUAAAACAGAAGGAUUACAAGCUGCUAAAACACUUGCUUUAAAUCUAGUUGAAACAAUUUAUACAGAGUUUGUUCAGUGGCAACAACAGCAGCAGCAACAGCAAGUAGCUGCUCAGUCUUUAACACAACCUGCAAUUGGUUAUCAAAUUGUUCCUUCUAAUAUAGCAGUAAGCACUGCCAACGUACCUGUCUCACAAACAGUAUCAUCUAGUAUUCCUAUUUCAGCAGUUUUCUCUCAAGGAAUGACUCUACCUGUUGCAUCUCUUCCUAACAUUAUUCAAACAUCUAUUAGCCUUCCAGUUUAUACAGGUUCAUCAAUAGCUCCCAUUCCUCAAGUUUUAAAUACAACACCAGGUAUUAUAGCUUCUGAAGGUCACGGAACAAUUGCAUAUCCGGCAGCCUAUCUAACAAGUCCGUUACCCGCCGCAUCCGUAACACCCACAUCAGCUCUUCUGACAUCACCAGUGUUCACUUCUACAGUUACCUCUAAUGCAGUUUCUGUGCCUUUAGUGGUUAGUCAACAAAUACCGGUUCUCUCGCAAGCUGCUCUUUAUACUCAGUUUUCGUCGGAUGUUGCAGUUUCUCAAGCUAAUGUUGGAAGCAUAGCUCCCGCUAUUAUAAAUAAUAUUUCACCAAUUACUUACCAAUAUCCCGUGAAUGCGGUAGCACCAAUAACUCAGAAUCCAACCACCGUCUACUCUGUGCCAUCUCUUCCUACUUCACCAUCUAUCAUGUCGACAGUGACAACAUCUCUUCCUCCAUCAGUCAUCAGUACUGCUUAUCCUCAUCUUCAGUACCAAUAUUCAAAAGUCGAACUGCAUAAAAGAAAGUUUCAAGAAGAUCCAAAUUCCAACAAGCAACAAUGUGAUCAGAAUAAAUUAGUUAUUUCAGCAAGCUUACAGGAUUCAACUUUGAAUCCAUCUAUACAUAUGUUGAAUAAAUCAUCAUCUAGGAAAUCUUUGGAACCGGGCAGUGACAGAGAAUUGAUGCCACCUCCUCCUUUACUACCUUUAGUGAAAGAUCCUUCAGCUGAGAAUACACAAAAAGAUGAUGAUUUAUUGGAACCGCCUAAAAAGAGGCUUGCCGGAGCACUUGGAGGCCUUGUUGCGUACGGUUCCGAAGAUUCCGACGACGAAAAUAACUCCAUUGGGAGCCCCGUUCCCAUGAAACGGAAAUCGAACGACAUGCCAAAAGUGUCGAGGAAAAAUUUUAACUCUCAUAAUAACAAAUAUGCUGUAUAAAGAAAUAAUGUACAAAUGUUAAAAUGGGUUCAAAGAACUUCCUAUAAAUUGUUUCCUUUGUAGAGAGAUGUUUAAAAUACUUGUUCAGUGACAUAAGAUUGUUUUUAGUCUAUAAAACACAUUUUACUUCUCAGGAAGACACCUUUUUAGCAUAAAGUUAUCAUGCUAAUCAAUUAAAAGUUAUUUACUUCUUAUUAAAAUGACCACAGGUAACGAGGCAGAAUUUUAUUAAAUUAAUUUCCAUCCCCAUUCUAGCGAUAUUAAUUCCUUUUUCGAUCUCCCCCACAGUCAAAUUUCUUACACAGAAAAUUUAAAAAAAAAAUUGUCUUAAAAUUAUAAAUUGUUUCCAUUUCAUCAGAUGCUCUCAGAAGGAAUUCGACAAAAUAGCUUUUAAUUUUAAGAUCCUAAAUGAUAAUAAAAAUAUAUAUUUUUAAUAUUUGUGUGAUGUUAUCUUAACAUUUAAACUUCCAUACUUUUAAGAUAUUUCUUUUGUGGAGAAUAACUGUAAGGUAAGAACAGCAAUAUAAAGUAUACAAAGGUAAUAUAUUUACUUUAAAU